AGUACGUGAGAGAGAGCGCGCGCGCACGUCCCUUCGCAGCCUCUCGCCCUUAUUCGCGUCGGGCUCGCUUCGCGGAGUCGAUCGUCCAGGACGGGAGUCCGUUCGCCUCGUCGUCGCCGACCUUGUUAUCGUAUCACAUAUGUCGGGCCGGCGAGCCCGCGCUCGCGCUAUCAGCGGAAAAACGCCGGGGAUCGGAUAAUUCGCGUUGCAUCGAACAAUUUCGAUAAACUGCCUUUGCGUACUCCUCCCCUCCCUCUCUCCAUCCCUGUUUCAUCAUCCCCGCUUUCAUUGGGUUUCUGAUUUCUCCCACCUCUUCCGUCGAUCAUUUCGAUUCCCCUCUCUUCCCUUUUCCCUCGUCCUUUGCUUUUUGCUUCCGAUUCAGUUUACUGAGAGAGGUUAGUUAGUCCAGUUGUUCGAAGCAAUACGCCGUGUGCACAUCGUACUAUUCGAUUAUUCUGCAGCAAUUUCGCAUUGUACAAUAUUCGCUUACUCGUAUCGCUCGUUCAUCUCAUAACGACAUUUUUUGGUAUCCUCUUGGCAUUUCUUCAUCAUUCGUAGACAUUUUCAUCACAGUAUCGUGCGCGCGCAACAAAAACCCCACGGGAUUUGUCACGAACGACAGUAGAAUUUUCACAAUAGCAAAAAAACACGAGAGAACAGAGAAAUAGAGAAACCGGGAACAAUAGAAUCAGUGCGACAAAUAGUGCGGGAAGAUAUACGUCUUCAUUGAUCUCGUUCGCUCGCGGAUAUCUUAAUCGGUAUAAUAUAACCUUCCCUGACAUCCGGCGUGAAAUUGCCGACGGUACUUAAUUCACAUUCGAACUUGACUUGAGAUUUCGUCCGCAUCGCGGUCGAAAUUAUCAGAAGCUCCUCCAGCGCGUGAACGCUCGUUUUGUCAAUCGCUGUUGCAAUAAAUCAGUCAAAAUUCGGGUAAAGAGUGAUCCUAAACCAUCCUACGCGAUGGACUCAGCCGACGAACAAGACGUCGAGACGACUCCCGGAGGUAUGCCCAACGGGGCAAAUGGACCAAACGGAACUAACGGAGCUCACGAGCCAAACGGAACCAACGGGCAACACGCGACACCGGAGGGGUCACUGUCAUAUAAAGAAGAGAAUGACUCCGAUCUGGAUGACGAUGAGGUACAAGAUGAUGAAGACUUCCUUUCGCAACCGCUUCAAGGCAGCUCGCAAUCGCUGCCGAUGGACAUUGGGGCUGCUAGCACAUCUUCAUUAGAUCAAAUAAACAGUUUAAUGAACAUGCAUCCGCAAAUUCUGACGAAGCUUAAAAGCAUGUGCACCGAGGGAGAGAAGGUGCGAACCAUGAACAAUUAUUCUCUGCAGAAUUUAAUGGCCAGUCACUUCUCCAUGCCCUUCAUGCCCUCGUACGGAUCACCACCGCCAACACCGCUGUCGAUACCGCCAAUAAUACCGCCGCGGCAGCAACACCAGCAACAGCAGCAGCAUCCGCAGAACAAUCAUUCGCAGCCACUCGUGUCGAAUACCGGAUUGAUCGUCGAUCCUACAAUUAUGCUGUCGAGACCUCCCGCCAAUUCGCAGACCGGCGAGUCGCCGCAACGAGUCUGCAGAAACAGCAACAGCGAAUCAUCCUCGCAAGGAAGUAGCAGAAAUAACGGAGAGUCUCGUGAGAGUGAGCCUCGCGGCGCGGCGACGGUGAACAAUCAGCAUCCGUCCGGACCCAACUGGAACUUCGAAGAACAAUUCAGACAGGUGCGUCAGCUCUACGAACUUGACGACAAUCCUGAGCGAAAGGAAUUUCUUGACGAACUGUUCACCUUUAUGCAACAAAGAGGGUCACCGAUUAACCGUCUACCGAUCAUGGCUAAAUCUGUACUGGAUCUUUACGAACUUUAUAAAUUAGUGGUGAUACGCGGUGGCCUGGUCGAAGUGAUCAACAAGAAGCUGUGGCAGGAGAUUAUCAAAGGUCUCCGGUUGCCUGCGAGCAUCACUUCCGCCGCCUUUACUCUACGCACGCAGUAUAUGAAAUAUUUGUAUCAUUAUGAACAACAUAAGGAAAAACUCUCGACCAAUGAGCAGCUAAACACAGCAAUCGAGACAAAUCGUCGAGAAGGACGUCGAAGCAACAACUACCCUGGUUAUUCUGGCAAUAAUGAGAAUAUGGUUGGACGAAGCCAACAUAAUUCGCUUCCACCCAAUACUUUGCCUUUGCCUAUGCCCCUCAACAUAAGCCCGCUGGAAAUGCACAGAUCACAGUCGCCAUUCGUCAACGGUCAUCCGCAGCAGCAGCAGCAGCAGCAUCAUCCUCACAACCCACAUAUUUCGAAUCUCAGCAGCUUUUCAGACUAUAUGCUGCAGAUACUGAGAGAUAAUAGAAAUUCUGGCACCAACUCUAUAAUUCAACAACAGAGUGAUCCGUCACCACUCUCCGCGGAAGCACUUAACGCAUUAGAAUUGUCCAAACUGUCGCUUUGGAACAAUAUAUGUCAAAAUAAUAAUAAAAUCUACGUAAGAUCCGGUCAACAACCCUUUUCUCCGCCAACAUCUCACUCACCAAUAGCACCAGUAAAUAGUCCGGAACCACAAAGAGAAGCUCUAGAUCUUGCAAAUUCUACUCAUAGGUCAGAUCCGGUAUCUCCAAGUGCUAGAUCUGUAGAUUCGCCACCAGCAAUUAUGCCCAGAGGCAUAAAAAGAAGCCAAGAAUCUCUCUCUCCUUCCACCCCGUCUAACAAAAAAAUGCUUAUUAAGGAAGAACAAAAUAAUGAAAGGAAUAGUAUGCGCAUUACGCAGAUGGUCAGGAUACGAGAAGAUAGCCGAAGAGAACUAUUCAUUAGCGUAGACAUCGAUGGUGUACUCUAUGAAGGCGUCCUACCAGCCAAAAACGAUGAUAGCAACAGUCCAUCAUCGAGUUCAAAACGUUCAUGAAAUAGCGAGCGCUAUAUCAAGAAUAUUUGAAAGAGUACACAACUACUUAAUUAAGGUACUUGACUACGUUCUCGCGGUUGAUUCGAAUUGCGAAACGAAUCAGUAAUGAUAAUUUAUAAGAAAAAACGUUCCAACGUCGGUGUACCACUAAAAUUUCUUUUGAGCGACAAAAAAGAAAAUGCACCGACGAAAAAUUAUUGUUGAAUUGUUUAUUUGAUUUGUAUUUAUAAUAAUAUUGGGCAACACUUUUCAUGAAAAAUCUUGAUGAUUUUUUUUUUUUUAUAAACGCAUCUAAAAAAACUCGUCAAGAUUUUUCAUGAAUUCAUAUGAAUUCGAAGACUAUGUAGUCUUGAUGAUUUUUCGUGAUGAUGCGCUUAACUGAAAAAUCAUCAAAACUCUUCAUGAAUUCAUAAAGUCUUCUAUUUUCGAAUCUUUUAUCUUUUGAUCUUUUUUAUCUUACUUAUUA